AUGCGGAAGAACGAGGACGAGAUCGCGAACCCGCAGGAGCGGGAAGGGAGAUGGAGGGAGAUGGAUGUGGGAGGGCGAGGAGCGGUAGGGGUGGAAGGGCGGGCAGCGGCAGGCCCCGACCAAGUUGGCAGGUCCCGACGGGCUGCUCUCAGCGUCUUCAACCGUCGACGGCCAGGGGGCCCCUCGGCCAGGGGCCCCCGGGCGGCGAGGGUGUCUUGUGGGUGUGUCUUGUGGUGGAGCACGGGCAUUGAGACUGAGCAGCGUGGUGGAGGGGCUUGAUCGUUGUUUGAUGGGAGGCUGUGGCUGCCAUGAUUGGCUGCCGGCCACGCCAAGGUGGCCAUCCCUCACAGCACGUCGGGAUACCAGC